AUGCAUUUGUGUCCUUGGUUGUGUUUGAAGCUCUGCCUGGGCACAGUGGCCCUGGGGGGCGGGGCUGCUCAGCCGUUGGGUUUGGUAACUUCUAGAACCCAGGCCUCCCCUGGCCUACACCACCACCGGGUGUCUGUCCUCUGCUCUUUGUCUGAAAGCUGCUCCUUCCGGACCGCAGCCCUGGAGCCUUUCUUCUCCCAGACUCCCAAGGGCCGGGUUAGCGGCCUGCCCACCACCUCCGGCGGCAAGCGCUUCCAGCUCUGGGCCCUAGGCCUGUUCUGCAACGAGCGGCACCUGGCCAAGCGCCUUAAGGACAACAGCUUCUACCCGUUCACCCAACAGCAGCCCGACGUCUUCGUGCUUGAGUACUACCUGGACACGCUGUGGAAGGGGACGCUGCUCUUCUUCGUCUGCCUCUUCCUGGUCAGCUUCGGCCUCGUGAGCCAGGUGCGGAAGCAGGAGACCUGGGGCUUCCCUGCGUGCGGCGUGGUCAUCGGCCUGUGGCUCAUGGUUUCGUCUUUGCCGCGGCGCCGCCUGGUGCUGAACCACACGCGUGGCACGUACCACUUCUCCAUCCAGGGCCGCACCGUGUGUCAGGGCCCUAUGCACCUGGUCUACGUGCGCCUGGCGCUCAGCUCCGACGCCUACGGGCGGUGCUUCUUCCAGCUGGUUCUGUGCGGCCACAAGCUGGAGCCGCUGGUGCUGGUGCAGCUGUCCGAGCGCUAUGAGCAAAUGGAAUACCUGGGCCGUCACAUUGCCCGGAAGCUCAACAUCAAUUACUUUGACUGCUUGGCCAAGUCAUACCGGCACGUGGUCCGCCACUGGCCGCUGGGGGCCACCUUCAGCCCCGGCAUCGUGCAGCGCCAGACCCGCACUUACAGCAAACAGAGCCUGCAGUCUGACCUGGACGUGUGAUUCUGAAGGCGGGCGCCCCAGCGCUGCCCCCGCCCCCAGGGCUACAGUCUCCCUUUCCCUGUGAUCUCCCAUCUUCACCCAACCUUCGUCUUCCCCUCCAUAAAGCUGCCUCUUGCUUCCAGG